AUGGUGGUCCUCCAGGUCUUCCAGGCCAAAAUCCUCACAUCCUCCGAGUCUGGCCUGGACCCUGCUAUCCUCAGGGAUCUGAGGAGCACGACGGACCUGGCUCUACGCGCCACCAAAACCACCGCCCAGGCGAUUGGGAGAUCAAUGGCCAGCCUUGUGGUGCUCGACGCUGACGGAGAUGAAGGACGCGAAAAGGUUCCUCCAGCCCAGACCCAGACCCAAGAGGAAGACAGAACUGAUUCAGCUUUGUGUAAACCAACAACACGAAAAACGAUUGGAACUUUACAAACCCAUUUAUGUUCAUCAGGUGCGUUUGGUGCAGAAACAAAUGAAAUACAGUCAGUGUCAGUGAUGGAGGGAGAUUCUGUCACUUUAAAAACUAAUGUUACUGAAUUACAUGAAGACGAUGAAAUAGCAUGGAAAUAUGGAGCUGAAAAGUCUCUUAUAGGUAAAAUCAGCGAUGAUAAACGAAUCUUCUCAACAUUUGAUGUUCCUGAUGGGAGAUUCAGAGACAGACUGAAGCUGGACAAACAGACUGUAUCUCUGACCAUCACAAACAUCACAACUCAACAUGCUGGAGACUAUGAACAACAGAUAAGGGGAGUGAGACUGUCAUCAAAAAUAUUCAGUGUUGCUGUUUAUGCUCAUCUGCCUGUACCUGUCAUAAGAAGAGACUGUUCUUCCUCCUCCUCCUCAUCAUCAUCAUCAUAUUGUUCAUUGGUGUGUUCAGUGGUGAAUGUGGGUCAUGUGACUCUCUCCUGGUACAAAGGAAACAGUUUAUUGUCCAGCAUCAGUGUGUCUGAUCUCAGCAUCAGUCUCUCUCUACCUCUGGAGGUGGAAUAUCAGGAUAACAACACCUACAGCUGUGUGCUCAACAAUCCCAUCAGCAACCAGACUCAACUUCUGGACAUCAGUCAACUCUGUUACUCGUGUACAGUGUUGGUCUCUGUUGUUGCUGCUGGAUCUCUGUUAAUUGUCGCUGGAUUUGGGAUCUUCUGCAUCUGCUGGAAAUGUAGAAAAACUGGUCAAGAAGGCAAAUGA